AUGGAGAGAGCACAUCGUACCCCGAAUCUAACUAUUCCAUUGCUAAGGGAACCCAAGCUUGGAAAUGACCUUGAACAAGCAAUCCCGGCUCAAGUUAUCAAACGCUUUUUCGAUGUCCAGCUUAAGCAUAAAACCCGGUUUUUUGCUCUUCUUUCGGCUGUCGAUGAGCUCGAAGGCGAUGAGACCGGCAUCACCAAUCUGCCUCCCUUUAACCGAGGCCUGUUGAUUCCAGGAAACAAAGUUGGGGAGGACAUCCCGCAUUCUACUGGCGAGAACCCUACUGAAAAGCUUGUUAAUGCAGCCCAUCAGGCUAAUCGGGCGCAAAUCUUUCCUGUCUUCGACAACAUCUUUUUUGGGCAGCAGGCAAAGGAAAGAAUGAGUGGCGCUUUGGGGAAGGACGCUUGUGCUGUGGAAUUCGUUGAAAGCGUUUAUAAUGUCAUUCUUCACCCAAGUACAACAUUGCUUGAAAAACUCCCAGGUGAACCCAUCGGGCCCUGGUGCCUUACUGUCGUCGCUCGCCGAAAGGCAAACCCAGAUUUCCUGUUCACUGAACUGACGGUUGAGGAGCUGACAAUCGCUGUCUGCUAG